GUGCUCUUUUCUCUACCCAGAACAAUAGAGGGGGAUUGCAGCUCCACAAAGACCACAGCACAGCAGCAACAUUCACAGACAGGCAGGCUGCCGUGCCCUCCUCUCUGGGGUGUUCCAGCACAGCAGCUGGGUCUCUUCAGCCGUUAUUGGCUCAGCCGACUCCUGCCUGCCAUUCACCCAUGAUAUGACUGGGAUCCUCCUGGGGCCUCCUGGACCAUCAGUCCAAAGGGAAGGGAACACUGCCGCUACCUCGUUCUCAAACCAAGGUGCAUAAAUUGAGGAGCAAACUGAAGUGAAGAGGACAUUCAGAAACUCUUGGAGGCUGCAUUGUUGGUUAAGGGCUUGUAAGCAUUUCACUGUACCUGUUGUAUUAGGCGCAUCUGACAAAUAACAUUUGAUUUGAUUUGAUCUACAGCACAGAGAGAGAGACAGAGGAAGAGAGAGACAGAGGAAGAGAGAGACAGAGGAAGAGAGAGAGAGAGAGAGAGAGAGAGAUAGAUAGGAAGAGAGACAGAGGAAGAGAGAGACAGAGGAAGAGAGAGACAGAGGAAGAGAGAGACAGAGGAAGAGAGACAGAGGAAGAGAGAGACAGAGGAAGAGAGAGACAGAGGAAGAGAGAGAGAGAGAGAGAGAGAGAGAGAGAGAGAGAGAGAGAUAGGAAGAGAGACAGAGGAAGAGAGAGACAGAGGAAGAGAGAGAGCGAGAACGAGAGAGAGAGAGAGAGAGGAAGAGAGAUAGGAAGAGAGACAGAGAAAGAGAGAGAGCGAGAACGAGAGAGAGAGAGAGGAGAGAGAGAGGAAGAGAGAGAGAGAGAGAUAGGAAGAGAGAUAGGAAGAGAGACAGAGAAAGAGAGAGAGCGAGAACGAGAGAGAGAGAGAGACAUAGAGAACAGGGAGUCUAGCUCCAUCACAGACGGACGGUGUGGUGUGAUACUGGGAUACUGUCAGAGGGCAGAGAGCUGGUUGCCUCAGGUUCCAGCUAACUGGGUUCUCUCGGAACAACAGCUGAUGGGAUGUGCUGUGCUGGACUGCAUUCAACAACGGACAUUCAUCACGCCUGGGGCUGAAGUCCCCCCCUCUACCUGGGAUGGGCUUGCCUUGUCCAAGUUUCAACUAGCAUUCGCUGAGGUGACAUACUCACAUACACACGUGUGUUUGUGUGUGCAAACACACUAACACAAUCUCUCAGACACAGGAGAAAUGUGGUUCCAUUGUGAGUUGUGCUGCUGGAUGAACUGGAUGGAUAGAAUAGCGAAAACAUUGAGAAGAGACUGACGCACCACGGCACACUGUCCGAGACACACAAAAGCCCACUGAAGCCUGCACUGAGGAAUUAUCUGCUGUCAGGACCUGAGGCUGCACGGGGGCGAUAGGGAGAGACGGAGCCAGGGAGCCAGGCUCAGGCCACCACAGGGUGACGGUGCCGCUGUGCCGGAGAGGAGGGGACUCGCAACUCGGCGAUGGCGUCCUCCACCAUGCAGAUCCUCGCCUUUGCCCUGGCUCUGCUGGGCGUCCUGGGCGCCACCGUGGCCACACUGCUGCCCAACUGGAAGGUGAGUGCCGACGUGGGCUCCAACAUCAUGACUGCCAUCUCCCAGAUGCAGGGGCUGUGGAUGGACUGCACCUGGUACAGCACCGGUGUGUUCAGCUGCACCUUGAAGUACUCCGUGCUGUCGCUGCCCGCCUACCUGCAGACCGCCAGGACGACAAUGGUUCUGUCGUGCAUGAUGGGUUGCCUGGGCCUCUGUCUUGCCGCCCUAGGGCUGAAGUGCACCCGCUGGGGGGGCAGUCACCGGGCAAAGGGUCACGCGGCCAUUGCCGCGGGGAGUUGCUUAAUCCUGGCUGGCAUUCUCUGCUUGGUGCCCGCUUCCUGGUUCACCAACGAGGUCAUCACCACCUUCCUCGACUCCAACGUCCCCGAGAGCAGUAAAUACGAGCCUGGGGGGGCCGUGUACGUGACCUUUGUCUCUGCCGGCUUCCUGCUUGCCAGUGGGGUCAUCUUUUGUUUGUCGUGUCCCGGAAAAAGAGACUACACCUCCACCUCCACCUCUACCACCUUUCCUGACAAACUACUGCAGCAGCAGAUAAACCAAGAGCAACUACAGCGCGACCUGAUACAGUGUGACCUGAUGCAACACGAUCAACAGCAACGGGAGCAGAAGGACUUUAAACAGCAGACGUCGCCUAAUGAGCAGUCGAGCCAAGAGCAGCUACAGUGGGUUGACAAAGGGUCCCAGGGUAAGGUCCAAGCAGCUGACGACAUCCAGCAGGAGAAGCCUCUACAUGAAGACAAGGGAACGCAGCAGUUCUACUCUCCAUCCAGAGUCCCUCCAAAAGACGCCCGGGCUGGUUACAGCCUGCAGGACUAUGUUUAAUGUGUUUUAUCCCUAAACCCUAUUCUUGUUAGUGGGGUGGGGGGAGAAUCCUGAGGACAUUCUACUGGCUGCCUUGUGAAGGGGAGAGAGUGGAGAAAGAGGGGGAGGAAGGAUGGGAGGAGGAGGGAGAGAGUGGAGGGGAGAAAGAGAGGGAGGGAGGGAGGAGGCUAAUGACGUUGACAGCCUUAUCGCCACCUCUCAUCUGUUCUCUCUCGCUACUGCGAGCACAAGCAGUAAAGGUAUUCCCAAACUAUUGGAGAAAGACAGCUUGUGGAUCCAGAUUCCUGGGGCAAAUGCCUCCUUGACUGCUGCUGUGGUGGGCGGAAAGACACAAGGGUAGGGUAGAGUAGAGGUGCCAUAAAAAUGCACAAACACAGAGCAAGUACUGUCAAUCCUGUGACAAGUUCCUUUAAAAACUGAUGCGGAGGCUUUUCCAUACCAAAGGUUUCCAUGAGAAAAAAAGUGCUGAUGAUAACUAGCUGCUACUAAUAAGCCAUCAGAACGAUUGCAUAGUAAGAUAGCGUCGAUAUGUCUGGAAAAAGCCAUUCUCUGCUAUCUUGUGUCCUUUUAGAACCCAUUUGCCUUGUGAGACAAAAAAUAAUCAUCAAUUAUAUUUUCCAAAGCUAAACGGAUUGAUUGAUAUUGAGUCUUUUUGCAUGCUAAUUAUCUGUAGCUUGUUAAAUAAUUCAGUGGAAUGCAGAGUAGUUACUGAAACAUAGUUACCAAAGCUUGUGCCUAAAAGAAUGUGUAGAACUUCAACUGUCUGUAAAGGAGACUUAGAGAAGAUUAACAAAGUGAAAAGGGAGUUCAGAUUCCCACCAACACCAUACACAAACAUCCAGUCCAUUUUUUCCUGUGAGUUGUGGAGGGGAAUAAGGUGCAUGGCAGCGCAGGCUGUCAGAGAUAAUGAUCCUCUUUGCUUUCCCAUUAUCCCCUCGCUACGGCUGGAUGCACACUACUCAUUUACUGCACCCCCCCCCCCCCCCCGCACACACACACUCGUCCUUCCUCUCCCUCUCUAGCUGCGAGGGUAAUAGGGUCUUGUACCCAAUCAUCUUUACGGCGUGUGUCCGUGUGUCAUUGCUGCAGGAGGCACAGCGGUAGGAGUCUGUUCUGUGGCCAGAGGUUAGCUGUCACAAGCUGCUGUCCCCUCGUGUUGACGGAGGGUAAUAGAGGCUACGUCCCAAAUGGUACCUUAUUCCCCAUUUAGGGCACUUCUUUUGACCAAGGCCCUUAGGGCACUACAUAGGGAAGGAAGGGUUCCACAAAAAGUGGUGAUUUUAUUUGGCUCCCCAAGUAUUCUGAGAAAAAAAUAUAAAUCAUUUCAUAGUUGGAAAUAAAGAUGGUAAAAUCAUCAGAAAAUCAGAAAAUAAUUCCCUGCAUUCCCACACAUACUGGGCACAAUGGAAAAACAAUGUCAGAUUUUGGGUUUAGAUGUCAUCUAAAUGCAAUAUAGUAUCAUUGAUGACACAGUGCAUUCGGAAAGUAUUCAGACCCCUUUACUUUUUCCACAUUACAGCCUUAUUCUAAAAUGUAUUCAAUUAUUUUUUCCCUCAUCAAUCUACACACAAUACCCCAUAAUGACAAAUCAAAAACAGGCUUUUAGACAUUUUUGCAAUUAUUAUUAUUUUUUUUAAGAAAAAAAUGAAAUAUCACAUUUACAUACGUAUUCAGACCCUUUUCUCCGUACUUUGUUGAAGCGCCUUUGGCAGUGAUUACAGCCUCGACUCUUCUUGGGUAUGACGCUACAAGCUUGGCACACCUGUAUUUGGGGAAGUUCUCGCAUUCUUCUCUGCAGAUCCUCUCAUGCUCUGUCAGGUUGGAUGGGGAGCGUUGCUGCACAGCUAUUUUCAGGUCUCUCCAGAGAUGUUCAAAUCGGGUUCAAGUCCGGGCUCUGGCUGGCCCACUCAAGGACAUUCAGAGACUUGUCCCGAAGCCACUCCUGCAUUGUCUUAGCUGUGUGCUUAGGGUUGUUGUGCUGUUGCAAGUUAAACCUCUGCCCCAGUCUGAGGUCCUGAGCGCUCUGGAGCAGGUUUUCAUCAAGGAUCUCUCUGUACUUUGCUCCGUUCAUCUUUGCCUUGAUCCUGACUAGUCUCCCAGUCCAUGUCGCUGAAAAACAUAACCACAGUAUGAUGCUGCCACCACCAUGCUUCACCGUAGGGAUGAUACCAGGUUUUCUCCAGAUGUGACGCUUGGCAUUCAGCCAAAGAGUUCAAUCUUGGUUUCAUCUGACCAGAGAAUCUUGUUUCUCAUGGUCAGUUCUUUAGGUGCCUUUUGGAAGGUUCUCCCAUCUCUAGAGCUCUGUCAGUUUGUCAGUCCUUCUCCCCCGAUGGCUCAGUUUGGCCGAGCGGCCAGCUCUAGGAAGAGACUUGGUGGUACCGUUCCCCAGAUCUGUGCCUCGACACUAUCCUGUCUCGGAAGUCCACGGACAAUUCCUUCGACCUCAUGGCUUGGUUUUUGCUCUGACAUGCACUGUCAAAUGGGACCUAAGAUAGACAGGUGUGUGCCUUUCCAAAUCAUGUCCGAUCAAUUGAAUUUACCACAGGUGGACUCCAAUCAAGUUGUAGAAACGUUUCAAGGAUGAUCAAUGGAAACAGGAUGCACCUGAGCUCAAUUUCGAGUCUCAAAGCAAAGAGUCUGAAUACAUAUGUAAAUGACAUAUUUUUGUUUUUUAUGUUUAUUAAAUUAGCAAACAUUUCUAAAACCCUGUUUUUGCUUUGUCAUUACGGGAUUAUUGUGUGUAGAUUGCUGAGGAAUUGCUUUUUAUUUAAUACAUUUUAGAAUAAGGUUGUAACAUAACAAAAUGUGAAAAAAGUCCAGGGGUCUGAAAACUUUCCAAAGGCACUGUAUAUGACUUAUAAAGUAAGGUUACAUCUCAUUUGCUCUGUUAAACCUACCCUUGGGAACGACUUUGCUAGCAACCUUGAAUAUAUGUUGUUAUUAAGAGUUCUCCCAAUAAUAAUUUUAUUAUUACUACAUUGGUAGUAGUCAGUGACAAACAUCAAAGCUAAGCAUGGCUUGGCUUGGUUAAAACCCAGGAUGGGAGACCAAAUGAAUAGCUGUUGAUAGACCAACUGUCCAGUAGGAGGUGCUGCCCAGACUAUAGUUGAUUUUUUAUAAACAUUGAAGAUCUGAUGUUAUUUCAAAAGGCACAAAUUCAACAUAUUUUAUACAAGGUUUGUCUAUGUUGAAAGUUGGUUAUAAUGAAUACAUAAUCCUGUGGUUGAAAGCUGACAUAUGGAGUUGUUUUAAGAUCGCCAUACCAUGGAUCAUUUGGCUAUUUUAUUAUGAAUUUUAGGACCCCUUCAGGCAACAAUGAUUUACUUAGAUUUUUUUAUAUAAAAUAUUGAGUUGAAAAUAAUGUGCUGAGUAGAACAUAGAACAUUGAUCUCAGGCAUGAGUAGGUCUAGAUGGCAGACAUUGUGGCUACCUUUCUCCAACGAUUUCAGAUUUUUUUUUAAAUGUGUUGUGUGUUUGCCUCACAUGUCAGCACAUACAGUUGAAGUUAGAAGUUUACAUACACUUAGCUUGGAGUCAUUAAAAGUAAUUUUCCAACCACUCCACAAAUGUCUUGUUAACAAACUAUAGUUUUUGCAAGUCAGUUAGGACAUCUACUUUGUGCAUGACACAAGUCAUUUUUCCAAAAAUUGUUUACAGACAGAUUAUUUCACUUAUAAUUCACUGUAUCCCAAUUCCAGUGGGUAGACUAACACUAAGUUGAUUGUGCCUUUAAAUAGCUUGGAAAAUUCCAGAAAAUGAUGUCAUGGCUUUAGAAGCUUCUGAUAGGCUAAUUGACAUAAUUUGAGUCAAAUGGAGGUGUACCUGUGGAUGUAUUUCAAGGUCUACCUUCAAACUCAGUGCCUCUUUGCUUAAGGGGGACAAAGAUAGUACUUUUUGGAGAAAAGGGUCUUCCAAAUGGACAAUGACCCCAAGCAUACUUCCAAAGUUGUGGACAAAUGGCUUAAGGACAACAAAGUCAAGGUAUUGGAGUGGAAAUCACAAAGCCCUGAAUUCAAUCCUAUAAAAAAUGUGUGGGCAGAACUGAAAAGCGUGUGUGAGCAAGGAGGCCUACAAACCUGACUCAGUUACACCAGCUCUGUCAGGAGGAAUGGGCCAAAAUUCACCCAACUUAUUGUGGGAAGCUUGUGGAAGGCUUCCCAAAACGUUAGACCCAAGUUAAACAAUGUAAAGGCAAUGCUACCAAAUACUAAUUGAGUAUGUAAACUUUUGACCCACUGGGAAUGUGAUGAAAGAAAAAGCUGAAAUAAAUCAUUCUCUCUACUAUUAUUCUGACAUUUCACAUUCUUAAAAUAAUGUGGUGAUCCUAACUGACCUAAGACAGAAUUUUUACAAGGAUUACAUUUUAGGAAUUGUGAAAAACUGAGUUUAAUUGUAUUUGGCUAAGAUGUAUGUAGACUUCCAACUUCAAUUGUAUUAUGCUCAGUUUUUCUUACUUGUAUGGAAGAGAACAAAAAUAACUACAAGGGCUCCACUGGGAAAAGGUGAAAUAAUUGUAGUGUUUAUUUUCACAAAGUUCACAAAGACUUUCCCAAGCAAUGUUCAUAAAUUUGGUUCUGCCUGUGAUCAGAGGAAAGUCUAAGUACAGUUGAUGUCUCAGAGAACCAAGACUUUACUGUGCUCUCUUAUCGAUGUUCAUGUUUUCAACAUGGAAUACAAAUAUCUAGAUUCGAGAAUAAGGUAAAAAAGAAAUGUACCUGAUAAUGCUUAUGCUUCGCAUUUUAAAAGAGGUCAUGUGCACUUGUUGAUAAAAAUAUGGUUUAUAUAUACUUUUUGUAUUUGAGAAUGGCUUGUUUUAUUAUGAUUCAGGACAUAACUUUAUUAAUGAGUGAAUUUACUGUGGAUAUAAGGUUCUCAUUAAAACGCAUGUUUCCACAUGAUUGUCAAUCCACAAGUCAGUUCAACUUUUCAACUUUUGUUUUUGAUUGUUAAUUGCUCAAAAAUGAUUUGUUAAGCUGCCAACAAAUGUUUUUGUUCAGCUGUCAACUCGUUCCAUAAUGGAAGUCAGACCGAGAGUGUUGCUUACUACAAUGAAGAUAAAUGGAACAUACAUAACUGCAACAAAACAUUAUGAUUGCAAUAUUCUAUACUCUUUGAAAAAAGAUUACAGAAGGCUUGUUUGGCUGUCCCUAUAGUAGUGCCCUUUUUGGUUCUAGGUAAAAACCCUUUUUGUUUCCAGGUAGAACCAUUUUAGCUUCCAUUUUGGAUCCCAAAACAGUUCUACUUGGAGCCAAAAUGAUUCUACCUAGAACGAACUAGGAUUCUUCAAAGGGUUCUCCUAUGGGGACAACCGAAUAUCCCUUUUAGGUUCUAGAUAGCACCACUUUUUCCCCAAGAGUGUAGUCUGCCUCUCUCUCUCUCCAACAAUGGAUGUGUAAAGGGACUUAGUAUGCACAAUGCUGUCUUCAGUCCACAAGUGGCAACAAAGCAAACGCCUGUUACUGUGCAAAACAACUAAAGUUGUUGCUUUUUCUCUAUAAAAGAAUGUAAAUAUAUCUGUAAGUGAAAAUACUGAAACAUAUAUUUUUAUUUCAUUUUAAAUAAUGCAUUAUUUUGACAUUUGAUUACAUGACAAAAGGAUGUGAUCUAAAUGAAAACAUCUAUGUUCCUCUUCUUUCCUAGUGGCUUUAAUAGCUUGACUCUCCCAGUUUCCCCGAUCAGAAAACAUGCACAUAAUCAGAUUCUGUAAAACUUGAUCUUCCCUUCCGUUAAUGCUGCUCUUUGUUGUC